GCGAGUGUCUUUAACGCUGCAUUCAGACAGACUGAGAGCCGCCAGGUGAUCCAAGGGCUGGGCUCCGAGUCUGCAGUCCUCUGCGAUCCAAUUUCCCAAUGGCAGCGGCCGCCAGCCCCGCGUUCCUUCUACGCCUCCCGCUUCUGUUCCUGCUGUCCGUCUGGUGCCGAACGGGGCGGGCCGACCCUCACUCUCUUUGCUAUGGCAUCACUAUCAUCCCUAAAUUCAGACCUGGACCACGGUGGUGUGCGGUUGAAGGCCAGGUGGAUAAAAAGACUUUUCUUCACUAUGACUGUGGCAACAAGACAGUCACACCCGUCAGUCCCCUGGGGAAGAAACUAAGUGUCACAAAGGCCUGGAAAGCACAGAACCCAGUACUGAGAGAGGUGGUGGACACGCUCACCCAGCAGCUGCUUGACAUUGAGCUGGAGAAUUACACACCCAGGGAACCCCUCACCCUGCAGGCCCCAGUGUCUUGUGAGCAGAAAGCCGAAGGACACAGCAGUGGAUCUUGGCAGUUCGGUUUCGAUGGACAGGUCUUCCUCCUCUUUGACUCAGAGAACAGAAUGUGGACAACAGUUCAUCCUGGAGCCAGAAAGAUGAAAGAAAAGUGGCAGAAUGACAAGGAUGUGACCAUGUCCUUCCGUUACAUCUCAAUGGGAGACUGCACAAGAUGGCUUAAGGACUUCUUGACGGGCAUGGGCAGCACCCUGGAGCCCAGUGCAGGAGCACCACCCACCAUGUCCUCAGGUGCAGCCCAACUCAGGGCCACGGCCACCACCCUCAUCCUUUGCUGCCUCCUCCUCAUGUGCCUCCUCAUGUGCUCCAGGCACAGCCCAACCCACAGCCAUGGCCACCACCCUCAGUCCCUGGAGCCUCCUCCUCAUCCUCCCCUGCUUCAUCCUCCCUGGCUGCUGAGUAGAGUGCUUUGGAGUGACAGCUACCAAAUAGGGAAGGGCCCCUUGUCUGGUGGACACGUGACUCGCGUGACCUUACCCAUCAUUGGAGACGACUCACACUCCUUACCCUGCCCUCUUGCCUUGUACACAAUAAAUAAUGGCACGGCCAGGCAUUCGGGGCCACUACUGGCCUCCGCAUCUUGGUGGUAGUCGUCCCCUGGGCCCAGCUGUCUUCUUUU